AUGACAGAGAUUCUUGAGAAUGCUGGAGCCUUGGUACUCAUCGGAGGGAACUCCAUGACCCCAGACGAAAUCAUUCAGACCCUGCUCCACUACCACGUCAACGCCUUGACCGGCGAUGGAAGUCAGAUUAUCCGUGUGGCUUACCAUGUAUCGACGCUAUCACCGGAAGUUCGGGGUCGCUUAAAAUUGGACAAGAUCAUUUAUACAUCCGAGCCGCUGAGCGUCACACAACGCGCGUUCAUCCACACGACUCUGGGAGACGCGAAGAUAUGCUCUGUCAUGGGCAGCGCAGAGGCUGGUCCCUGGGCAAUCGGCAACCCCGACCUGACCGGCGAGCAGGGGCUCGUCGAUGAUGAUAGCAACAGCGUAUCCGAGUUCGUUUUCGAUACGCGUCAUAUGCUGAUUGAGAUCUUCUCCACCGCCCUUCUAGACGCCCAGGGACAGUUCUCUUUCAAUCCGAACUCAGAAGUCCCUCAUCCACUUCCCCUGGGUCAAACGGGGCUGGUAGUGCAAACAUCUCUGCACCGGCUUCGUAAUCCUCUCGUUCGUUACAUCACUGGCGAUGUCGGAUCCGUCCAUCACCUCCCGGCAUCCGUGGGUGAUUCUAUCCCGAAAAGCCAGCGGAAGCAUCUGCGCGUUUUACGUAUGCAAGGACGAGACCGCCGCUUCAGCUUCAAAUGGUUUGGUACGUACAUCGAAUUCGAGAAGCUGAAGGCCCUCAUGCAGACCCCAGAAUGGGGUGUCCUGCACUGGCAAGUCAUCUUAGACCGGUUGAAUUUCUCACCGCAGGUAACGCUGGAAGUGCGAUUACUUCGUGCGCCAACGUUUGAUAGACAGUCACUGUCAGACAAAGGUCUUGUCAAAACACUACGGGACUUCUUCUUCGUCCUCGCUGAGAAUGAGCACUUAUUCCGAAUCGUGUUCCUGAAAGACCUGUCCGGGUUUGAGAGAAGCUCUACUGCGGGCAAGAUCAUUAAUUUUGUUGACCGACUGCAUUGA